ACUAUUACCUGUGUGCGGCGGUGCAAGUUUAGGCUAGGCAUCAGGAAGUGAGAAAGAUACUUAGAAGUGAGAAAGAAUGUCUACCGGCGGUUGCACUUUCUCGUCCGAUGACAUCGUGAUUAAGUCCCCAACUGAUAGACGGUUGUACAGAUACAUACAACUUCCGAAUGGCCUCUGCGCUCUGCUAGUUCACGAUCCCGAAAUUUACUCUGAAGAGAAUACUGAACGUGUUGAGAGUGCUGAGGAUGAAGAUGAGGAGGACGAAGAUGAGGACAGCGAUGAUGAAGAAGACGAAGGUGACGAUGACCUGGACGAGGAAGAUGAGAACGAAGAGGAACAAAGUUGUAAAGCAAAGAGUGUCUAUCAGUCCAAGCAGGCUGCAGCAGCAAUGUGCGUGGGCAUGGGUAGCUUCUCCGAUCCUUUUGAUGCCCAAGGCCUUGCACAUUUUCUAGAACACAUGCUCUUCAUGGGGAGUAAAGAUUUCCCGGACGAAAAUGAGUAUGAUAGUUACUUGUCCAAGCAUGGUGGUACAUCAAAUGCUUACACGGAGGUUGAGCAUACAUGCUACCAUUUUGAAGUCAAAAAGGAGUUUCUUGAAGGUGCAUUGAGAAGAUUUUCUCAAUUUUUUGUUUCACCUUUGGUGAAAGUUGAAGCCUUGGAUCGUGAGGUCCUCGCCGUAGAUUCAGAAUUUAACCAGGUUCUGCAAAAUGAUUCUUGCCGCCUUCAACAAUUGCAAUGUUUUACAUCAGCGCCAGGGCAUCCUUUUAAUCGCUUCUUCUGGGGGAACAAGAAAAGCUUGGUUGAUGCAAUGGAAAAAGGAGUUAACUUGCGGGAGCAAAUAUUCAAAUUGUAUAAUGAUCAUUACCAUGGUGGUGUGAUGAAACUAGUAGUCAUUGGAGGAGAAACUUUAGAUGUGCUCGAGAGCUGGGUAAUCGAGUUAUUUAGCUGUAUCAGAAAAGGUCCGUCAUUAAAGCAAGAAAUUAAGAUGGAGAAUCAGAUCUGGAAAGCCGGUAAAAUUUACAAGCUGGAGGCAGUUAAAGAUGUUCAUAUACUUAAUUUGUCCUGGGCGCUACCUUGCCUCCGAAAGGACUAUCUGAAGAAAUCAGAAGAUUAUCUUGCUCAUCUAAUUGGGCAUGAGGGUAGAGGGAGUUUGCUUUUCAUUCUAAAAGCUAAAGGUUGGGCAACUUCGAUAUCUUCUGGUGUUGGAGAUGAAGGGAUGCAUCGUUCGUUGAUUGGUUAUGUUUUUGGUGUAUCCAUUUAUCUUACUGACUCUGGCAUGGAAAAGAUCUUUGAGAUUAUUGGCUAUAUAUAUCAAUACCUCAAGUUACUACAUCAAGUUUCUCCGCAAGAGUGGAUUUUCAAGGAACUUCAGGAUAUUGCAAAUAUGGAGUUUAGAUUUGCUGAAGAACAACCUCAAGAUGAUUAUGCUGCAGAACUUGCAGAGAAUCUGAUUAUUUACCCCCCUGAGCAUGUUAUAUGUGGUGACUAUGCAUAUAAGAUUUGGGAUGAAGAGAAGAUCCAAUAUCUGCUGGGUUUCUUUUCCCCAGAAAACAUGAGAAUCGAUGUAGUAUCAAAGUCUUUCACCAAGCUUGAAGAUUUGCAAUGUGAACCAUGGUUUGGAUCACAUUACCUUGAGGAAGAUAUCCCCACAUCUUUGAUGGAAUCAUGGAGGAACCCAACAGAGAUUGAUACGUCUCUACAUCUCCCAGCAAAAAAUGAGUUCAUUCCGUGCGAUUUUUCUAUUCGUGCUGAUGGAUAUUCAAGUGAUUCAGCAGAUUUAAUUUUUCCAAAAUGUAUACUUGAUGAACCACUAAUGAAAUUAUGGUACAAACUUGACAAAUCAUUCAAACUCCCUCGUGCAAAUACGUAUUUCCGGAUUGCGCUAAAGGGAGCUUACCAAAGUGUGAAGAACCAUGUGUUGACUGAAUUAUUUAUUCUACUACUUAAAGAUGAGCUCAAUGAGAUCAUAUAUCAGGCCAGUGUUGCGAAGCUGGAGACAUCUGUGUCUCUUUUUAGUGACAAACUAGAGCUAAAGGUGUAUGGCUUUAAUGAUAAGCUUUCAAUUCUAUUAUCCAAAGUUUUGGCACUGGUCAGAUCUUACUUGCCAACUAAUGACCGUUUCAAGGUUAUUAAGGAAGAUAUGGAAAGAACUCUUAGGAACACUAAUAUGAAGCCUUUAAAUCAAUCAUCAUAUAUGAGAUUGGAAGUACUCUGUCAGAGUUUCUGGGAUGUAGAUGAGAAAUUAUGUUGCCUAAAUGGCAUCAACCUUGAUGAUUUGAAAGGAUUCAUUCCAGAGCUUCUUUCUCAGGUCUACAUUGAAGGCCUGUGUCAUGGAAAUCUUUUAGAGGAAGAAUCAAUUGCUAUAGCAAAUAUAUUUACAAAUAAUUUCCCUGUGCUUCCACUUCCAUUCGAAAGGAGGCAUAAGGAAUAUAUCACGUGUCUUCCUAAUGGAGCUAAUCUUGCCAGGGAUGUCAGGGGGAAGAAUAAGGUGGACACAAACUCCGUGGUUGAGCUUUAUUUCCAGAUUGAACCAGAAUCUGGGCCUGGAUUAAUUAAAAUGAAAGCCUUGAUAGAUCUCUUUGAUGAAAUUAUACAGGAACCAUUUUUCAAUCAGCUUAGAACAAAGGAGCAGCUAGGCUAUGUUGUGGAUUGCAGCCCACGGGUUACAUACCGCAUUUCAGGGUUUUGUUUUCGUGUUCAGUCUUCAGAGUACAACCCAAUUUACUUGCAAGGAAGAAUUGACAGUUUCCUAAAUGAUGUGAAAGGACUAUUGGAGGGACUGGACGAAAAAACCUUUGAUAGCUACAAAAAUGGAUUAGUUGCAAAGUUGUUGGAAAAAGAUCCUUCUCUUUCUUAUGAAACUAAUCGGUUUUGGGGUCAGAUUGUAGAUGGAAGGUAUAUGUUUGACAUGUCUGAGAAGGAAGUUGAGGAGCUCAAGAGCGUUCAGAAGAAAGACAUUAUUGAUUGGUAUCAUACCUAUUUGACGAAAUCAUCACCGAUGUGCCGCAGUCUCGUAAUUCGAGUGUGGGGUUGCAACACUGAAUGGAAGGAUGCUGAAACACAAUCUACAUCCCUACAUAUUGAUGAUCUUGCAGCAUUCAAGAUGUCAUCCAAAUUCUAUCCAGGCAUUUGUUGAUGAACUUUCUUAGCUGUGUCACCACUCAUUUUUAUGAGACAAAUUUUACAACCCAAAAUUAAUAUUCCAUUUUUUAUUGUUUUCAUGUAAAAACGUUUUGAGCUAUUUCCUUUGGUUCUGGAGGCACAAAGGACUUUGCGCUUUAUUUUAUAUUUUUUUAGAUUAAUCUGUGUGUACUCAUGGAGUUGACUUAUUUUUAAGAGAUUUGUGAACUUUGGAUCUAUGUUUCUUGUUGAUUCAUCAUAAUAAAUAUUUAAUUUGAUCUAUUGUUUCAU